ACUGCCAUCCCAAUGGGAGUGAUGGUGGUGGCUGGGCAGUGGGGGAGGAAAGCAGAGGCACAGUGUCAUUUGGAGCAGCACAGGCAGAAGCAGGUUUGUCCAUGUAUUCGUCCACAGGCACCUGCUUUGCCAGUUGAGGAAGCACUGGUGGGGAAGGUUCCCGCGAGAGUCAGACCAGGUUUGAGGUCCUUGGCUUGGGUGUUCACCAGCUAGUGGCCUCGGGCAGCAUCUGAUCGUUCAGCGCCUCCUUCACCUCCCUUGUGGGAUGCAGAGGACAGAAGGACGCAGCCCGUGAGGAAGCCCUCGGUGGGGGCCCCCACCCAAAGCAGUGUCUUCAGAGCUGAGACGUGGGCUCUGCAGGGCUUGAGAGGCGACCGUUGGGGCUGGCCGGGGGCAGACUCAGAGCUCUGUCUUCUGUCAGGAGAUGGGUGUGGGCCGCCAGCUGCGAUCAGCCCCCAAUAUCCCCGGCCCGCCCUCCUCCGAGGUUGCACCAGCUCUUUUUAACACGGCGCGGAAAACGCACGGCCCGUAGCAGAGCGGGCGAGAACUUCUGAAAGGGCGGGUUUGGUGGCGCAAGGCGGGCUUUCCCGCGGGAAGGCUGGACGGCACGGACGCACGCGGACCGGCAGGAAGCUGAGUGUAGCCGAGCGGCAACCGGUAGGGGGCAGGCCGGGCGGAGGGGCCCGGAGACCUCUGCUCGCCGACCCCUGCCGGGCGCAAGGCGCGCGCCGGACGCGGUGGGGCCCGGAAACGCGCCGCCUGGAGCGCAGCCUCCCUGGGUCCUGCCUGCGCAGGCCUGCCUGGCGAGCUGGGACAUGUCUGGCCCCCGAGGACAACCGGUUUGCGAUGGCUGCAGUGGUGGAGGGCAGGAGCCAGAGCCGUCUGCUGCAGAAGAUGCUGCAAGAGAUGCUACGGAUGCUGUGGCCGUGGGGCCGGGGACGCUCCCUCUCCUGGCCGGGAACCGGCUGAGCCUGGACCUGUACCCCAGGGGCUGCCACCGGCUGCUGCACCUGUGUGCCCAGCAGGUCCCUCAGCUCCUGGAGGUGGAGUUCCUGCAGCUGAGUGGCCACGAAGACCCUCGGCUGCUGGAGGCCACCCUGGCCCAGCUGCCCUCGAGCCUGCCUCACCUCCGCUCCUUGGUUGUCAAAGGCGGGCAACAUCGGGACGCUCAGGGCGCCUGCCUCCGCGGCUCCCUGGCCACGCUGCCUGCUGGCCUGAAUGGCCUAGUCCGCUUGGCCCACCUGGAUCUGAGCUUCAACAGCCUGGAGACGUUGCCGGCCUGUGUCCCGCAGAUGUGUGGCCUGGGGGCCCUUCUGCUCUCUCAUAACUGCCUCUCAGAGCUGCCUGAGGCCUUGGGGGCCCUCUGCGCCCUCACCUUCCUCGCUGUAACCCACAACCGCCUGCAAACGCUGCCCACGGCCCUGGGGUCCCUGUCCACCCUGCAGCGCCUCGACCUCUCUGAGAACCUUCUAGACACUCUGCCCCCUGAGAUUGGAGGCCUGAGCAGCCUUGCUGAGCUCAAUCUGGCCUCCAACCGGCUGCAGAGCCUCCCUGCCUCCCUUGCGGGGCUGCGCUCCUUGCAGCUCCUUGUCCUGCACAGCAACCUCCUGGCUUCAGUGCCUGCUGGCCUGGCCCGCCUCCCGCUGCUCACCCGCCUGGACCUGAGGGACAACCAGCUCCGGGACGUGCCACCCGAGCUGCUCGACGCCCCCUUUGUGCGCCUGCAAGGAAAUCCUCUGAGUGGGAGCCCCCCCACCCCCCGCAGUCCCCCAGGGACACCCGUGGUCCCCAAAAUGCCCAGUCUGUUGUUGAGCUCAGACCUGGACAGCUUUGCCGUGACCCCCCUGGGCUGCUCGGUGACCCUGACCUGCGGUGUCCGCCUGCGUUUCCCUGCUGGUGCCACCGCGACUCCUGUUACCGUCCGCUAUCGGCUGUGGCUGCCGGAGCCACGCCUUGUCCCCCUAGGUCCCCACGACUCUCUGCUCAGUGGCGUCCUGGAGCUGCAGCCCCACGGGGUGGCCUUCCAGCAGGAGGUGGGUCUGUGGCUGCUCUUUGUGCCUCCGCGGGCACGGCGUUGCCGGGAGGUGGUGGUCAGGACCCUGAGUGACAACAGCUGGAGUGACCUGGAAACCCACCUGGAGGAAGAGGCGCCCAAGCGGCUCUGGGCUCACUGCCAGGUGCCUCACUUCUCCUGGUUCCUCGUGGUUUCGCGCCCUGUGUCUGACGCCUGCCUCGUGCCACCAGAGGGGACAUUGCUGUGCUCCUCAGGACAUCCUGGGGUCAAGGUCACAUUCCCCCCUGGGGCCACGGAGGAGCCCCGUCAUGUCCGCAUGCAGGUGGUGCGCGUGGGCAGCAGAGAACUGCCGGCCCUGCUGCGGGAGCCUGAGGCAGCCGCCAGCCCCCUGCUGUGCCUCUCACAGAGCGGCCCCCUGAGCUUUCUCCGGCCAGUCACCGUGCAGCUGCCUCUGCCCCCUGGCAUCACAGGCCUGAGCCUGGACCGCUCCUGCCUGCACCUGCUGCACCGGGCCCCGCCCGCAGCCACCUGGGAUGACAUCACGGCGCAGGUGGCGCUGGAGCUCACCCACCUGUACGCUCGCUUCCAGGUCACACGCUUCUCCUGGUCAGUGCGCGCUCUGCUUCCUCGGUCCCCCCACCCCUUCCGCGCGGCCCCGCUCACCACCCCGCUUCCCAGGUACUGGCUCUGGUACACCACCAAGGCCUGCGUGGGGGGCCUGGCGCGGAAGGCCUGGGAGCGGCUGCGGCUGCACCGCGUCAACCUCAUUGCGCUGCAGAGGCGCCGGGACCCCGAGCAGGUCUUGUUGCAGUGCCUGCCUCGCCACAAGGUGGAUGCCACCCUGCGGCGGCUGCUGGAGCGGUACCGCGGCCCCGAGCCCUCGGACACCGUGGAGGUGUUUGAGGGUGAGAAGUUCUUCGCCGCCUUCGAGAGGGGCAUCGCUGUGGAUGCCGACCGCCCAGACUGCGUGGAGGGCAGGGUGUGUUUCGUCUUCUACUCGCACCUGAAAAACCUGAAGGAGGUGUACGUGACCACCGCCCUGGACCGGCGCGCUCAGGCCGUGCGGGGCCAGGUGUCCUUCUACCGGGGAGAGGUGCCAGCGGAGGUGCCCGAGGAGGCGGAGGCUGCCCGGCAGAGGAGGGGGGCAGACGCCCUGUGGAUGGCCACGCUGCCCAUCAAGCUGCCGAGACUGCGGGGCUCUGAGGAGCCAGCGCAGGGGCCUGGCCUCUCCCUGGCCCCUCUGAACCUGGGCGAUGCUGAGACCGGCUUCCUGACCCAGAGUAACCUGCUGAAUGUGGCCGGACGCCUGGGCCCGGACUGGCCGGCCGUGGCCCUGCACCUGGGCGUGCCCUACCGCCAGCUGCAGCGCAUCCGCCACGAGUUCCGGGACGACCUGGAUGGGCAGAUCCGUCAUAUGCUCUUCUCCUGGGCCGAGCGCCAGGCGGGGCAGCCAGGAGCUGUGGGGCUCCUAGUGCAGGCCCUGGAGCAGAGUGACCGGCGAGACGUGGCAGAAGAAGUGCGGGCUGUUUUGGAGCUUGGCCGCCGCAAGUACCAGGAGGGCAUCCGUCGCACAAGCCUAGCCCCUGGGGACCUCGCUCUGCGUGGCCCUUCAUCAUCGCCAUCCCCGGAGCCGGCUCAGGCCUAGAAGCCACGAUUUUGGGCUGGUCCCUGAUGUGUCCCCCCACCCCCGGCCAGUGGUUAGGCUCCACUUUCAAGCCUUCCCUGCGUUUGGGGACAGUGGCCCCUCUGGGUAACAAACACGCACUGUCUGGCUGCUGUCUCA